CCGGUCGAUCCGUGGACAUGUACACCUAGUGAGCUGCCGACACGGAGUACCUCUUCUGACGCCAUGACUGAGGAUAUUCCAGAAACCGGUGCUGUUUUCACAUUCGGCAAAUCUCACUUCGCCGACAAUGAGCCGAGCCACUUCUUCAUUAAGAACGACCCUAUAGUUGCCAUAUCGUGCGGUGACGAGCACAGUGCUGUCAUAUGUCAAAAUGGUCGUGUUUUCGUUUUCGGAGCAAAUGCUUGGGGUCAGCUAGGCUUAGGCCACAAAGACGAAGUGACGCGGCCCAGCUGCGUCAAAUGGCUUAAACCUCAUCGAGCUAUAUUCGUAGCCUGUGGGAGGGCACAUACAAUUUUCGUCACAGAUUCCAACACUAUUUACUCCGUUGGUUGCAACGACGAAGGGCAGCUUGGUACAGGAGACAUGGAGCACCACAGCGUACCACAGUCUGUGAAUUUGGAAAUUGAUCAACCUAUCAAGCAAGUUUCUGCAGGAAGCAAUCACACAGCAUUACUUACUGACGACGGUCGCGUUUUCGUCUGCGGUUCGAAUUCGGAAGGUCAGCUCGGGCUGGGCGAGGACGCUCGCUCGUGCGUCUCCUUCACCGAGCUUAAAUUUAUGGAGAAGAUCGCAUUCGUCGAAUGUGGAUAUUAUCACACUGUAUUCAUUACGGCCAAAGGCGCAGUAUUUAUUACCGGUGACAAUGAAAACCAAAAAUUAGGUAUUCCUAAUAUGCCUACAACGGUCUAUGUUCCGCAAGUUUUACCAUUGGAAACUCAAAUAAAAAGUGCAUGCUGUGGCGCCAAUCAUACAUUUCUUUUAUCCAUGGACGAGACAAAAAUUCUCGCAUUUGGAUCCAAUGAAAAGGGUCAAUUGGGUAUGCCCAUGAAUGUGGAGAACGUAACAGAACCAACUGAAAUUAACAUGGAACAAAUGUUCGAUGGGUAUCAAUUAAAACUUGUGGCUUGCGGCGCUAUGCAUACCGCUUUUGUUACAGAUAAUGGUUUACUUUAUACUUGCGGAGAGUCACGGCACAAUAAAUUGUGUUUGGAGGAAGUCGACGACGCAAAUAAUUCAAACGAAGCACUUCCUAAUCAAUACGCAGCAAAGCGGGUCACCGCUAUGAAUGGAUUUAUAGUAGACAAUGUCGCUUGCGGCGGCUGUCACACAUUACUUACCGCCGUUAAAGGUUCUAACGCAGACUUCACUAACAACGAUUUCAGUAUAAUCAGUGAGGAAAACAGACAUAUUUCUUUAACUGAACUACCUCCAUUACAAAAAAUUCCAACAAUGAAUAAGACAGAUGAAAACACGAAGGAAGAUAUAACAAAUUCAAAUAUAAAAAGUAGUAAAGAACAAAUAAACGGAAACAGUAAUGAGGAAUCAGGAUCAAUCAACUCAUUAGAAGCAAAUGUUAGCGAUUCUCAUAUUGUAAAUAUAAAUGACCUUGAAACGGAUAAUGGGAGCAUUCAUGGCAUAAAAAAUUUAACCAACGAUGAAGAUGUUUCAAAAAUUGAAAUAGAAAAAGAAGUUGAGGACGUUUUAGAAUCAGUAAACACUGAAAUUAAAACAGGAGAGGAUAAAAUAGAUAUAAUGAAACAUGUAGUAUCUGAGACAAUUCACACAAAGGCAGAAGUAGUUGAGGAAGUGUUAAAGAAAGCCAUUGACAUAAAAUCUCCUGGUUUUCAUUGCGACGAGAAAAAGGUUUUAGAGCUCCCCGAUAAAAUGUCAGAAAUCGCUAACUCACCACCACCAAAAACGCCUAUAAUACAAGAUUUGUUAGAUAUUCCGGAUAUAUCGCAAAUGAGUCCAAAUUUAAGUAAGCAUAGUGACGACGGACAGAAAAGUGAAACGGGACAGUCUGAAAAUGAAACUAUACCUUGUGGCUCUGAUAAAUCAAGUCCUCAAAUGGGUAAAACUAAAACUCAAGCCGUAAUGCCGAUAGUAAGAAGUGAAGACUACAUUGAUUCACACGAAGAUCCAAUUCAUUGCGAGGACUCAGACGUAGUAGUCAAUAAAAUAGAAGAGAAAGGUCGAUUCGCACGCAUAUUUCAAUCGAUUAAGGAUAAAGAGAAUUCCUGCAUGGGUAAAGGAAAGGUUAUUGAAGAAAAAGUUGUAGAAAAUGUCCACAAAGGAAUAGAUACUGCGGAAGAAACAGUGCACAAGAUAGAGGAGAGAGUAGAGACGGAAAUUCGAAACCAAACUAAUUCACGAACAUGCACAAUUUUAUAA